AUUUGUUGGAAAACAUUCCAAGGAAUUUUUUUUGAUCGAACAAAAACGCUUUUAUCACAAUUCGUGGAUUUGACAAUUAUCAAUAUUUUUUUUCAAAAAUGUCAUUGAUCGAUGAUUUUGAAAAUUCAUUCCAGGCUUGUAUGGCUCCAAUCACAAAUCCAAUAUCAUCGCAUGUAUUGGAUAAUGAUGAAUUGAAAGCCAAUGUGGAUAAUAUUCAGCGGUUUUUAGAUAUAUCACAACAAAUUGAAAGUUUUUUCAUCCGUAAACGAGCAAUACUUUCGGAACAAAAACCUGAAAUCACUUUGAAUGAAGAGAUAAAUGAACUUAAAUUGGAAAUCAAUCGUAAAGAUGUGCUGUUGAAUAAUUAUUAUGAAAAAUUGAAUAUGUGGUCCAAUAUGGUUAAUGAAGCAUUGACUGGCAAAAUAAUGCAUCCAAAUAUUGGUAAUAAUAAUAUGAUGAUGACGGAAAAUGUUAAUAAAAUUAUACCAGGACAACAACAACCACCACCACCAAUGCGUUUAGGUCCGACAGCAAUGUCGAUUCCAAUGCCGAUGAAUCCAAAUAGUAUGCAAAAUGUACCAAGUCCUUUGAUACGAUCACAACAAAGUGGUGCUGGUAGUGCCGGUACAUCAGGCAUGAUGUUAAGUAAUGUUCCUCAAAUGGGACCAAAUACAUCACAUCUUCAAUCAUCAAGUGGUGGUGUAUACAAUCCAAUGCAAUAUGCAUCGAACCAAAAUCCAUUGGCUAAUUUGGAACGUACAACCGCACAUAUUGGAAUGAAUGAUAAUCGUAGAUAGAUAUGUAAAUAGAUAUGAUUGUAUUCAAUAAUCAUUUUUUAUUAAAAUUAAAUGAUCAAAUUUAUUAUUAUACUCAAAA